CGCGCCCCUCCCCUCGCGCCCCUCCCGCGCCCUACAUCCAACGCCCGGCCGAGGGGGCUCAGUCCGCAGCCGCGCCGCCGCCGCGCCUCGGCCUCGGUGCAGGCAGCGGCCGCCAACGCCGAGACAGCUGCGCGGACGAGCAUCCCCAGGCACAUUGGACGUUAUUGUCAACUGCAUCUAGCCCUGCCGAAGACAUCGUAUUUUUCACACAUCCAGUGUGAGUCGGAAGUCCUUCCAAGAUUUUAAACUUGUCUGAGGAUAAAAUGUCCAGCAGUUCCCCUCAGCUGCCAGAGAUGGAACCUUCGUCUUCAGGUCCCUCGAGCUACAAGGUAGGCACCAUGGCUGAGAAGUUUGACUGCCACUACUGCAGGGACCCUUUGCAGGGGAAGAAGUACGUGCAGAAGGAUGGCCACCACUGCUGCCUGAAGUGCUUUGACAAGUUCUGUGCCAACACCUGUGCAGAAUGCCGCAAGCCCAUUGGUGCGGACUCCAAGGAGGUGCACUAUAAGAACCGAUACUGGCACGACACCUGCUUCCGCUGUGCCAAGUGCCUUCGCUCCUUGGCUAGUGAGACCUUUGUGGCCAAGGACAACAAGAUUUACUGCAACAAGUGCGCCACUCGUGAGGACUCCCCCAAGUGCAAGGGCUGUUUCAAGGCCAUCGUGGCAGGAGAUCAAAACGUGGAGUACAAGGGGACCAUCUGGCACAAGGACUGCUUCACCUGCAGCAACUGCAAGCAAGUCAUCGGGACUGGAAGCUUCUUCCCUAAAGGGGAGGACUUCUACUGCGUGACUUGCCACGAGACCAAGUUUGCGAAGCAUUGCGUGAAGUGCAACAAGGCCAUCACAUCUGGAGGAAUCACUUACCAGGAUCAGCCCUGGCAUGCCGAUUGCUUUGUGUGUGUUACCUGCUCUAAGAAGCUGGCUGGGCAGCGUUUCACCGCUGUGGAGGACCAGUAUUACUGCGUGGAUUGCUACAAGAACUUUGUGGCCAAGAAGUGUGCUGGAUGCAAGAACCCCAUCACUGGGAAAAGGACUGUGUCAAGAGUGAGCCACCCAGUCUCUAAAGCUAGGAAGCCCCCAGUGUGCCACGGGAAACGCUUGCCUCUCACCCUGUUUCCCAGCGCCAACCUCCGGGGCAGGCAUCCGGGUGGAGAGAGGACUUGUCCCUCGUGGGUGGUGGUUCUUUAUAGAAAAAAUCGAAGCUUAGCAGCUCCUCGAGGCCCGGGUUUGGUAAAGGCGCCAGUGUGGUGGCCUAUGAAGGACAAUCCUGGCACGACUACUGCUUCCACUGCAAAAAAUGCUCCGUGAAUCUGGCCAACAAGCGCUUUGUCUUUCACCAGGAGCAAGUGUACUGCCCCGACUGUGCCAAAAAGCUGUAACUUGCCAGGGGCUCCUGUGCUGUAAAAUGGAAGUUGAAUCAUGUUCUUUGUGUCCUUGCACUCUGCCCUACACCAUCAAUAGGGAAAGAGUGGCCUUCCACCUGUUUGAAGUUGCUCCUUCUGUCUUUUCUGCCAUUUUACAGUAGUGUUUCUCCAAUAAAGGCACAUCGUGAUCACACUAGGAUUUAGCAAGAAGCAAACGGUGCAGCAAAGUUCAUUUCGCGCCAGCUGCCAUUAGAAAACACGUUAGCUAGAUUGACUCUUCUGCAUGUUUAUCAUAGAGCAGAACAGUGCUAAUAACCAUUUAGCCGCUUAGUGAUGUAAGCAAGAAGCAUACGCGCUAAAGCCCCUGCGGAGAUGCCUGUCCGGGCUCAGCCGGGCACCCCGGUAGUCAUGCGACCUGACAUGGCAGAGUUGCAGCAGCUGCUCCAACUCACUGCUCACCCUCUGACGGGAGCAGAAAGAGAACUAGCGGAAAUGCAUGGUUUCACUUCCUCAGCAAAACUCUUACCUCCCUUUCUGUUCUUUUGUGCUUUCAGAUGACGAAUAUGAAUUUCCAGAGCAUUUAACAAUUGAACUUAGCUGUAAUUCCCAACUGACCGUUUCCCCCUACACUAACCUUUGAUUGGCCCGCGGGGGCAAUGUUUGCUGAGCGUUCCUACUUUAAAGCCUGGGAUGUGCAGGUGAUUUGGGAGGUGCAGGCAGAUCUGAGAAAACGAGCCUGUUUCAGAGCAGCGCCGUGACGCUGAAUACUUCUGGAAGCUUAAUGAUACUAACCCUGCUGCCCUUUUCAUUUUUUUUAACUAAUUUUUUUUUCGUUUUAAUGGAUAGCAAACUAGAGUAUGGGUUUGAAAAGUUGCAUGAAAAAUAUCUUAGCCCCUUCACGCGCUCCUGCAGCUUUGACAUUCACCCUACAGAAGUAAGCGCCAAGGUGGCGCAGGCGGGGUAGCUGAGCAGGCGCCACAACUGAUGUCAACAUGGAUGUAAUAUGGAUGUGAUGCGUUUGAUUCCCUUGUAACAUAGUAGUUGUCUGCUCUUUGUCCAUGUGUUAAAGAGGACUGCAAAGUCCCUGCUUUUGUGAUUCCUAGGACUUUUCCUCAAGAGCUUAGCUGGAUCUCUGGGGGAGUGGAGAGGCCAGCGUCCUCACAGGCGGAACCGGAUUUCCACCUACCACUUCCCUGAAUGCAGGAACGCCUCCUUACUGUAUUCCACAUUCUAUCUUACAUAGUGUAAUGAGACAAUAUCAGAAAUAAACAUGUAACGACAAUGCAUAUUCACAUUCUCGUAGGAGUGUGUAGAGAAGCUGAUGCCUCAUCGCGCCAUUCUGUCAUUGGCUGUUAUCAUCUAAUGUUUUCCGUGUAUCCUGACAAAUAAAGCAGCAUAUGACUAA